UGUUACAGUGAAAGAAGAAGAGAAAGACGUUUCCGUUAAAGAAGAGGAAGACUCGUUCAGAGUGAAAGAGGAGGAGGAUGUUACAGUAAAAGAAGAGGAUGUUGCUGUUUUUGGAGUAAAGGAAGGAGAGAUGAUUGUCACACUGAAAAAGGAGGAAGAAGAGGAGGAAACUGGAUAUCUGGGACCGGUUUCCCAAACGCAUCUUAUUAAGGUGUCCGAUGGUUCUAGCCGUAAAAUGGUUUUGAGAAACCGUUCCUCGAUUUACACUAGAGAGAGACAGAACUACCAUGGAUCCUCUGGGGAGCCCCAACUACAUCACAAAGCUGACGAGGCAGAGAAGAGUCUCUCCACUUCAGAACAUCUCAAAUUCCAGCAGAGACCCACAGGAAUGAAACCUCACCACUGCUCUGUCUGUGGGAAGAGUUACUCAAGAUCAGAUUCACUAAAAGCACACCAGAGAAUUCACACUGGAGAGAAACCUUAUAGCUGUUCUCAAUGUGGGAAGAGUUUUACUACAUCUAGCCGUCUGACUAUACACCAGAGAAUACACACAGGAGAUAAAUCUUUCCACUGCGCAGACUGUGGGAAGAGUUUUCUGAUAUCAGGACAUUUAAAAUCACACCAGAGAAUACACACAGGAGAGAAACCGUAUAGCUGUGAUCAAUGUGGGAAGAGGUUUAGUCACUUAAGCAGCCUGAUAGUUCACCGGAGAACACACACAGGAGAGAAACCUUAUAGCUGUGAUCAAUGUGGGAAGAGUUUUACUCAGUCUAGUCAGCUGACUAGGCACCAGAGAACACACACAGGAGAGAAAUAUUUUAGCUGUGAUCAAUGUGGGAAGACUUUUACUGAGCCUGGUAACUUGACUAAGCAUCAGAGAACACACACAGGAGAGAAACCAUAUAGCUGUGAUCAAUGUGGGAAGAGUUUUACUGAGUCUGGUAACUUGACUAAGCACCAGAGAAGACACUCAGGAGAGAAGUCACAUAGUUGUGAUCAAUGUGACAAGAGAUACUAUGAUAAUCGAUCUCUGAUUAAACAUCAGAAAAUACAUGAAGGAGUUGUUUCAUGAUAUCAAUGAAAUGAUGUCACAAUGUAGAAUGUUUUAACAUGGUUGGAUUAUCUUAAUGAUGUCACAAUGUAGAACCCUAAACGUUUAUCUCCUGUUCUAUUGAUUUCAGCAUGAUAUGAAUAUUAGCCUCAUAAGGGGGAAAAUCCAGCCUCUGAAAUGAAAGAGUACUAUUUAUUUGAUUAACAAAAAAAGGAGUUGUUACCACAUUGGCAUCGCACUAUUUGAGUUUUUUUUUUUAUCCUCUUAUGUUUUGUUGUGUAGUAAAUAUUUCCGUUUUUAUUUCCAUUGUUUUUAUUCGUCCAUGUCUGAAAUGUGCUGUAUAAAUAAAUCUUGAUAUACAUUUUCAAAUUGCAAAACAAAUUAACCCAAUGACCGACUUCAACGAAUCCAAUGGAUUUUUGUUGAAAAGGAAAAAUGUUGAAAUCAACAAUAUGUCAAAGGCUUCAACUCCUGAAAACUGAAACAAACAGAUCAAUCCCACUUUUCCAGCCUGCUGAAGGCGUGGUAAACACCACCCCCGGCUCUACCAGGGGCUUGAGGUGGUCUCCCACAGCUCUGCUUAUAUCACGUUCUGUGGUCUUGCAGUUCCAUUUCUUGACUGCCCCUGCAACACAGAAACACAUUUAGUCAUAUUAUAUAAAACUCUCAAAGUAAUGGAUAUGGAGCAUCUACGGCCUCAGUUAAACCUGGCACCUAAAUGUGAUUUCUGUCAUCCGAUCACUCCAAGCUGCAUUAGGUUCAGAUCAACCAGGAUGGGCGUUGUGUUCAGAAUUUGAGUCUGGCCACCGACUAUGACAGUCUGGACGCAGUCAGGCCACCAUGUCAGCAUAACCAAUGUAAAGAGAUGGGGUGAAUGAGUGCCUGAGGGGAAAUUAACUUUCAUACAGCCAAAAGGGGUGGGAAAUUACACCAAUAUCAGUGGUCAAUUUGCACUAAUGUAAAUAAACAUGGAUGAUGGAACAUAUUCCCUUUUGCUGAUGUGAUGAACCACUAAGGGGACAUAAAUAUUUACCAUCUAAACCAUGUGUGACCUCUCACCUCUCUGGCUGUAGAAGUGUUCAUCCUAACCAGUCCCUCAACAGCUCUCUAACUGAGCUCCACCCUCACUGGGUCUUCAGAGGAGAGGAAGGCUGAGGAGGGUUGGAAGGAUGAAUGGAUCAAUCAGUCAACAAGUCAGUAAUAUAAAGAGGGUGUUGAUCAUCUUAAAUGUCUGUCUCCCACCCAUGGAGAGACCUUUAUACUGUAUCCAGGGUUGGGUAGGUUACUUUCUAAAUGUAAUCUGUUAGUUACUAGUUACCUGUCUAAAAGUGUCAUCAGUAAUCUGUUAGUUACUAGUUACCUGUCUAAAAGUGUCAUCAGUAACGUAACUGCUGGAUUCCCCAAACUCACAAAUGUAAUCUGAUUACUUUGAAUUACUUUCUCCUUAAGAGGUUUGUACCACCAACAAAUCUGAUUUGCUAACCCUAAUGCCUAAACCUAACCUUAACCAUACUGCUAACCAUAAUGCCCAAACCU